UAUAACACUACGUUAAACAUAAAAAUUUCAAACAGGCAAAGUCUCGGGGCAAAGUAAACAAAACAUUUUGUUUGUUAUUUACUUCCUUUAUUUUCUUAGAUAAUUCUGCUAUUUAGUCCCAAACAUUGUACGUCAAUGGUCCCAAAGCUCAAUUUUUUUUAAACCAACAAAUAAUUCAAGCAAAUAAAAAAUUCUUAGCUUAUAAAAUACUGAAAAAAUGAUGAAUACUCGAGCAAAAUCCCCGACGCGAGCUGAAGCCAUCGCCAUUGCUCUGAGGCCACAGCCCUUCUUCAGUAGUGGAGUUCUCAUAGGCAGCAACUGGGUAGAAGACAGAAUAGAAUGCCCCAAGCAAGGCACCUUAUACUUCCCACCUAAAGAAGAACCCGACUAUGAAAAGUUGAAGCCCGAAUCCAGAAUGCCUGAGUUUAGAUUAAAUAAACUUAACAGUUUGCGGGGCAACGUGGAAAAGGUAUACCUUCACGAUAGCCACGAAAACUGCGGCAACUUCACGACGAGCAACGACCUCUUGUACAACCACCAGCCGAAGCCUCUGUGCGGGCCCGUGCAGCGUUAUUACCGGCGCUGCAAGCACCAGUGGUACCCGCAGCCGGACAAUUUGAAGUGCUUCGGUAACAAGACCGAAUGGGGUCUAAAAAGGUUCAAAGAGCAUGAGUGGGCCUGCACUGACGUAUCUGAUUACGCGUCUUCGCUGUACGAUGACACCUAUCUACCACCGCGACCUCAUCAAUACCUGCAGACGUGCGAGCGGAAGGCGAGAAAUUCGAACUUUACAAAAGGUUUCCGAUAUUUAAUGACAAAACCAUUGGCUAAACCAAAACAAAAAAAACAAUGAUAACAUCAAGAAUCAUUUCUUUCUCAUCUUAGAAAAUUACUAGUCUUUUAAAAUAUCACAUUUUGUUCAAGACGAGGACAGUGACGUCCUCAUAUUAUUUAGUAACAAUAGAAUAAUUCUUCAUGCUUUCACAAUCAGCCACGACUGGCACCAAACACGAGAUCAGCAACUUAACACUAGGGUUUAGUCUCAAACCUUACAACCGCUUAAUACUAACAUUAACUUAACGAGUCCGCUUAUCAUAAUGGCAGUUUACCAUA